AUGACCGAUCACGAUUCGUUGUUGUCAUCGCGGGUCAUUUUCGAAAGUCUAACCAGUAUUAGCUUACCUCUCGGUGCCAAAACACCCGACGGAUGCGCCGACGGCUCCAAGCACAGCCGUCCUUCCGGUAGGGCUCGCCCCAGCCUGGUCAUCAGAACGGCUUCCCAGCAAGCUCCGGUGCUCCCCUGGUCUGGAUCACGACAUUACCCUUCCGCCGUGUCUUGGACCUCGCAUUGA